GCGAACCAUUGCGAACACGUUCGUCGGUGUUCGUCGAUUCGGUCAGUUCAGUGCUUUGAGUUUUCGUAGUGACUUGUUAUUCACGAUAAUUCGAUGCAUAUGAGUACGUCGAUUAUCAUGCGAUGACGUCUUUCAACUAUCUUUGUAGAAUUGUCAGAAAGCAGCAAUUUUUGCAAUCUUACCCUGCACAUAUAUACAAAGGUCUGCGUAUUUUCUUUCGACAUGAAUCGAGUUUUGUACCUAAGAAAGUACUCAUUGUUGCAAAACUGUCAAGAUAUCACUUUGAAAGAUUACGAGAACCUGAGCUCAAUGAAUACCAAUUGAAGUUGAAGCUGAUAGAAAAAGGCUCUAAUUAUGAUGCUAUGCUUGCCAGUCACUUGGCCACUAAGACCGUGGAAAAACAAGUAACUCAGAUUUUGCGGGAAAUGAACAUGGAGUAUAAAGUAAUAGAUAGAACAACUUUAGACCAGUCACAUUUCACAUGGGCGGAUUUAAUCCUUCCGAUUGGUGGUGAUGGAACAUUUCUCUUAGCCUCAAAUUUGAUAUUUGAUAAUAAAAAACCGAUAAUGGGCAUUAAUUCGUAUCCGGAAAAAUCAGAGGGCUAUCUUCUGUUAUCGGAAAAAUAUACGAGGAACAUACCAGAAAUCUUCAAAAGACUAAAAGCGGGACAUUACAGUGUACUUAUGAGAAGAAGAAUCCGAAUUACUUUGAAAGGAGAAGGAAUAUGGGAAUCUCCUUUUCAUUUGCAUGAGAAAGGACGCGUUACUGGUGGUGAGAGUGCCAAUUUUGAUCAUCAUGAGUCUAUUACUUAUAGGUUUUACAUAAAUGAGAAUGUUGAAGAUUGCAAACAUAAUGAACUACCAAAAGAAAGGCGUUUACCUUGGCUGGCACUUAAUGAAGUUUACUUGGGGGAAACAAUGUCAGCACGGACGAGUUCUUUGCUCAUAAAGUUGGAUGAGGAGCAAAAAUAUCACAAGGUAAAAGGAUCUGGGUUAUGCGUGAGCACUGGGACUGGGUCCACGUCUUGGUAUAAAUCUAUAAACAGUGUAAGUGAUCAAACUGUGCGAGAGAUAUUAAGUCUCAUUGAUGCCAAGCGGCAAUUCACAAAUGACGAAAUUGAAAGGAUCUGUUCAAUUUUCAAUGGAAGCUUACGAUAUGAUGCUGAUGAUCCUAAAUUAUGUUAUUCCAUAAGAGAUCUCAUAGUCACUGAUGCAAUGCCUGUUCCAAAGUGCACGCAUCCUCGCGGUUUCUGCAGAAAGAUCACUGUGAGAUCUCAGUGUUACGAUGCAGGUCUAGUUCUCGAUGGAGGAAUAGCAGUACCCUUCAACUUCGGUACCAUUGCGGAAAUAGAGAGUUUUCCUGAAGACUCUUUGCGAACUAUUACUCUUCCCGACUGAAUUGACAGUUUAAAUUGGGACAAUUCACGUAAGAUUUCGUGAUAUAAGUAGGAAUUUUUAUUAUGGAAAUAUCAUUCCAACAUUUUUUAUAAAAAUUUCUAUGAUAGAGAAAUAUUUAGGAUAUAAUGCAGUGUAUAUUAAGAAAAAUGUUUAUUGGGAACAGUGUGGAAUUAUGUGCCUAUAUGAAUGCAAAGUACUGUCGCAUUUUAUAAGCCAACCUUAUAUUUUUAAUAUUAUAAAUUGCUUUUGAUCAAUAGGUCCAUUUCCGCAAUAAGUAAAUGUAAUUACGCUAUUAUUAAUUUUUAAAUAU